GUGAAGCGGCGCACUGAGUGGCCCAGUCGUGUGCGUGUGGGUGCUAGAGUGGGUGUUCUGGUGGGUGUGCUGCCCUCUCCAGUACCUCAAAGUGCAAGCAAAGCGAAGGUUGAAGAAAGGUGAAGCGCAUUCAGGGAAAAGUCCUCUUUGCAAGUCCGACGCCCCAGUGAUGCGAACAAGAACACUUGACAGAGCGAGUUCAGCGAUAUAGAUAGCGUGUUAAUAUUGCAUGGGUCGUCUCGGUGCUUGUUCUUCGCACAUGAUAAACAGCCUUCAGAAGAAUCGGUGAUCUCGGGCAUGUAAUUGGGCCAGUCGUGAAAAUGUUCUAAGAAUGUACAGAAGUGCUUCAGAGUUGUUAAAUCAAGGGUUGGAAAUCGCAGAGGAGCAGUCAGUGUGUGUCAGUGCGGAGGACCUGUUUCGACCUUGCCCACACAGCGCGAUCGCCGUCUGUGGUAGCUAGCCGUCACCGACGCCGCCACCACCGUAGUCACGUUCAGCGCCCCUCGCGUCCCUGGAGAGAGCCUUCAGCAUGGCGACGGCGCAAGACGCAGUUGCAACCACGCCGGCCGAGUUGGAGCCUUUGGCGACCUCCUCCCAGACGGGAUCAAAGGAAGGAGAAAGCGGCGAUGGAGGAGGCACGUCAGGAGUGAAGCUGAAGAAGGAACUAGGCCUGACGGAGGGCAUUGCCAUCAUCGUGGGGAUCAUCGUGGGUUCGGGCAUCUUCGUGUCUCCCAAGGGAGUGCUCGAGUAUAGCGGCAGCAUUGGUGUGGCGCUUAUCGUGUGGGGAGUGUCGGGCCUGCUCUCCACAGUGGGUGCCCUGUGCUACGCCGAACUAGGUACUAUGAUCCCCAGGAGCGGCGGGGACUACGCCUACAUCCACGAGGCUUUCGGUCCCCUCAUGGCCUUCCUGUACCUGUGGGUGGCGCUGGUGAUCAUCAUGCCCACGGGGAACACGGUCAUCGCCCUCACCUUCGCCAACUACAUUCUGCAGCCGCUCUUCUCCGAUUGCGACGCCCCGCCCGAUAUCCCCGUGCGACUCCUGGCGGCCGUUGUUAUAU